AUAUAUAUAUCCUUCUACAUAUAUUCACAAUUUGUAGGUAGUACAAGAACUGAAAAAUAAUUUUUGGUUGCCAGUAUACCUGUAGUCGUUGCACUGAUCAGUCGAUAGUUUUGUGAUAAAUUAUUUCUCAAGUGAAUUAAAUUAUUAACCAUGGGACGUGAUUCUAGAAAGGUUUCAAGAGAACUUCGGAGUUCUGAAAAAAUUAAUAAGUCGCGUUCAGUCAAAAGAAAGAAUGUUUUUAAUCCGAAAACAGCCGAACGUGAUGAAAGUAUUCAGAGUACAUCUUCUAAAAAAUUAAAACAAAACACUGAAGAUGAUGUACCUGAAGACAGCAGUACUGAAUUUCGAAUAAUAAAUUUUAUUCAGGUAUUCACUGCAAUUUCUGCUCUUAUAAAAUGUAAAAAAUGUGAUGGAAAUGUAGUGUUUCAAACAGCAAGUACACGUGGGCUGGGAUUCAAAAUUGUAGUUGCAUGUAAUAACUGUGGAAAUGAAUAUAUUCCUUCCUGUUCUUUCGUUGGGCAUUCUUAUGAAAUAAACAGACGUUUCAUUUUUGUAAUGAGAAUACUAGGAAUAGGAUACGAAGGAUUGUGCAAGUUUUGCGGCCUGAUGGACAUGCCGUCUUUUUUAGAUAAAUCUACGCAUACAAUUUUACUGAAACAGAUUUUGAAUUGUAGUAAAGCCGUCGCAGAAACCUUCAUGACGAAAGCUGUGAAUGAAGAAAAGCAAGCAAUGCCAACAACUGAAAAUGAAGAUAUAAAUCAUCUAACUGUAUCGGGAGAUGGAACCUGGCAAAAACGGGGAUAUACAUCGUCAUUUGGAGUUUCUUCUAUAAUUGGCUAUUUUACUGGAAAGAUUCUUGACAUAAACAUUAAAAGUGCAUAUUGUAAGCUAUGUGAGUAUUGGAAAAAAAAAACAAAUACUGUUGAGUUCGAGGAAUGGUAUCAAUCGCAUGAAGAUGUGUGUUCUGCUAAUCAUCAAGGGUCUUCUGGGAAAAUGGAGGUGGAUGCGAUGGUCGAAAUGUUUUCGUAUUCUGAAACUAAAUAUGGAGUUAAGUAUGCCAACUAUAUUGGUGAUGGUGACUCCAAGACCUAUUCAGGAAUUAUAAAAUCAGAUCCUUACGAAAAUACAACUGUAAAUAAAAAGGAAUGUAUAGGGCAUGUCCAAAAGCGGAUGGGGAGUCGAUUACGUACGCUGAAGAGUAAACAAAAAGGUCUUGGUGGUCGAGGUAAGCUCACAGGAAAAUUAAUAGACAAACUAACUGUGUACUAUGGUUUAGCAAUACGCCGGCAUUGUGAUUCUAUUGAAAAUAUGAAAUCUGCUAUAAUGGCAACCUUUUAUCACUACGGCUCGAGUGAUGAAAAACCGAAUCAUGAUAUGUGUCCAAAAGGCGAAGAAUCUUGGUGCUCUUACCAGCGCGCUGAAGCAAGAGGAGAGCUUGAUACCUUUUCUCACGAUUAUUCUCCUUUACCUUCUGAUGUUUUAAAAGCUAUCAAGCCUAUAUACGAAGAUCUUAGUAAUGAAAAUUUACUUUCAAGAUGUGUAGGUGGAUUCAAUCAGAAUAAUAAUGAAAGCUUUAACCAACUAGUAUGGAAAAUAUGCCCAAAAACGUCUUGAUGAAUACACUAGGACUUAAUUGUGGGCCUAAUUCUCAUCGGUAUGCAGAAAGAAUGGAUGCUGCACGUAUCAAAGUAGCAGAUAAGCGCGCUAAUGAUAACACCCGAGAAGGUCGAUUGCAACGUAGGCACCAGCAAAUCGAUAUUUUGGAAGCUGCUAUGUCGGCUGAAGAGCUAUUAUAUGGUCCAGGAAUAGAUGACUCAGUAUGAAUCUCCAAGGACUUAUGAUGAUCACCGCAAAGGACUUCGGGAGGAACGGGCUCUACAAAAACAGCGAUAACUUUUUGAAUUAUUAAUUUUUUUUUUUGAAAUUUUCGUGAAGUCAAAUCGAAACGUGUUCUAAUAAAGCUAUGUUUUUAUUUUUGUCAAAUAAAGUAAUUAACUACAAAAAAAAAAUUAUUGAAAAUCAUC